CCUCCCAUCAUUUUCAAACAUCUCCAAAUGCCCCAAAUCAAUAAUAAAUUGCAUCACCACAAAAAAAAAUGUUUAAAACACACAUCCAAUCAUGGACAAACCAUCAAAAAUGGAGUCCAAGAAAGACGAGCUCCGGUACCACCAUUUCAGCCACAACCAUUCACUAGACUACACCAAAUUACACCCGCACACGGACGCCGUAUGUUCCGGCUGCAGACAACCCAUAGCACCGGGUAAAUUCUACUACAGGUGCAAAUUAUGCGGCUUUUACCUUCAUCAAAUAUGCUUCAGUAUGCCCGAAAAUGUCACUCAUCCAUCCGACCCGAAUCACAAUCUCACCCUCGAAACGUUCCCUACACCUUCCAAAGUCCCCAUUAGAUGCAAAAGUUGCGAAAGCCCAAUAAAGGGUUUUUACUACCGUUGUUCAAAAUGUACAGAUUAUUACCAUACUUUAUGUUUAGCUGCCCCUUUGUCAAUGAAAACCCCUUUGCAUCGACACUCGCUUAAUAUCGAGUUUAAGCCAGUUUAUGAUUUCCAGUGUGAUUUGUGUGAUAAGCCCAGUUACAGUGGAUGGGUGUACCAUUGUAAUUUAUGUGAAUUUGAUGCUCAUCUUUCAUGUGUUCUUACUAACAAAGGUUCGGUGCUUCCGCCUGAUGAUCAUCCAGUGACCGGUUUGGAUCGUAACCAGCGACAAGAUGAGUUGAUGGAGUUGCUAACGGGGAGUUCGAAUCUACCACAAAAUCCAGAUAAUUCCAUGCAAAGCUUUCAGCUCAGUGAAGCGUGUUUUUCGAUAGAUUUUCAGAACUCGUUGAUCGGAAACAGCGAUGGUGGUAAGAUGCAGGUUGGUCAGGGGGGUAUUGUUGGGAUCCCGGAAGAGAAAAGAAUGUAUGGAGGUGUAGAUGAUAGUGAAGCUUUUGAAGAAGAAUCUAAGAGGUCUGAGAAAAGUAGGGGUUCGAGUUACGGUGGUCGAACGUCGACUUCGGGUCGAAAGUCGACGUCGGUGUCCUCGGGUGUGAUCGGAGCUCAUAUUUGGACGGAAUUGGAACAAGCUACUGAGAAAAGGAAUUCAAACAGAGAUAGAGGAGCUGAAUUGAUUGAUAGGAGACCCAGUUCAAGCUCAAGGUUCAUGUGCUGUUUCAACAUGGGGAAGAUUGUAUCCUAAAUAUUGAUAUCAAGAGUUUAUAUCGGUUUCUUUUUAAAUAAAUAAAUGUUUAUUAAUUUCUUUGUUUCCGAAUAUUGAUAUGGUACAGAAAAUAUAUAUAUUUAAGUUUUUUUCUUAAAUAACGUUUAUUUAAAUAAUUGUUUACAGCCAGCACAAGUGU